UCCCCACCGCAGGCCUGUGGCCAUGAGGUUCUGUGGCACCUCCUGGGAGCCUCACUGGUCUCAUCUGGACACUGGUGCUGGAGAGUGAGGCUCAGGCUGCGCGGGGCUCAGGGGCUUUCUGGGGCUGCUGAAUUCACUUUGCUUUCAUUAUUUGAGUAACCCUGGGAAAUUCUUCAGCACCACAAAUGUUCCGCAGGUGGGAGAGGCUGCGCUGGCUCUGCUGAGGGACACUCUGCAGCUCGCCGCCCAUGCUGGGGAGCUACGAGGCAACCAGGACCGUUCCUGCACCUGGGUCACGGCACCCAGUAUCGGUUCUCUUCACCAAAGUGCAUCAGGACAGCGUUUUCCUGAAGACAUCCAGUCAGAACCAACAUGAGGAACAAACUGUGGCUCCAGAGUAUUUCCUUCUUCCUCUUACUCCAGUACACUACAUGUUGUGAAAACCUCACUUGUUUCGUGGACUAUGUACAGACGCUGUCCUGUGUCCUGAGGAAUGACUUGGGUGCCAGUUCAUAUAAUCUCACUGCAACAUGGGUUUCCGAGGAAGCUCCAGAAAACACUGUGGCUGCCUGCAGUCUCCUGCAGUUGUCCAGGAACACCAGUCACACAGAGUACAUGUGCACUGUGGAUAUGACUGAACUGCUGGCAGAUAUCAAAGUCCAGGUGGAUGUUACAGAGAUAGCUGAUAAGCAGCAUGUGAUUUCCAGUGCCUUUUAUAUGUCUGAGAACAUCAAACCACAGCCUCCAUUCAACCUGACUGCUGUGUUCUCAGAGGGUUACAAUAUUUCUUGGGAAACCAUCUACCAGAACUUUCCUUUCUACUUUUUGAAUGAGGAGCUGGAAUAUCAGCUGCGUUACAAGAGAAGGACUGACACCUGGGAGACUUGGAAGACUAAAGCUGUUCAUGAAGAUAAAAGGACACUGGUAAUUCUGCCAUGGGAACUCCAGGCGAACACCGAGUAUGAGUUCCAAGUGAGAGCCAGACCCCGAGAAGGCACCAGUUAUCAUGGAUUUUGGAGUGAAUGGAGUCGUCUGCUGAUGCUGACAACUGGCCCUGCCGCAGUGACACAGACAGCAGACAUGGGAUGGCUGCUGCUGUUGGGUGGUGUCGUGGCAAUCACUGCCUCAAUCACAACCUUUCUGGCCAAACAGCAGAGGUUAUGGAAGAAGAUGGCUUGCAUCCCAGACCCUGCUCCCUUUUUCAAACCACUUUACCUGGUGCAUAAUGGAGAUUUCAAGAAGUGGGUUGGUGCACCCCAUUCAAAAAUCACUUUUGAUUUCUUUGAAUGGGGGAUAGUCCUUCCAGAAGUCCUAGAAGUUUACACCAUGCAUAAUUCCAACAGCAUCUCACGGGAGGAGCUGCAUGAGAUGAGAAGAGAUCUGCCUUGCAAGCCCUGUGUGUCGUGCCUGACUGCCUCAGAUCAGGAUGGCUGGUCCCUGCUCCCUACUGGGACUCAGGACCAGUCAUACGGGCAUUUGUCCAUUGAUACUGUGACUGUGGCUGAUGAAUUCAUGCCUUGUAAUUGCCAGUGCAACUGUAACCGUGUGUACAGGGGACAUGAGCAUACCAGGGAGGAAGAUAGUGCUGGAGAAACUGGUUACCCCAAGGUUAACGUUGAUGAUGAAGACAGAAAGACACCCAGUGACUUGCCUCUGGCUGACCUGAGCACUCAAGACAAAAUUCUUGCUUCAGGCUCUGUGUCUACAGACCACCUGCGGAGUACAAGUGUCCCAGCCCACCAGCAAGUAGAAAGGGCUCUGGAAGGAAGGAUGGGGAGCAUCCUAGAAGUCCUUUGCUUGCAGCCUGAUCAGUGGGACUUGGAAAAUCCAGGUUCUCUCCCUUCUCCUGAUGGUGAAAGUGUUUCCUACAGUGAAGGUUCUUGUGACUCCUUCCCUCACAUUGCAAGGCCUGGUGACAGUUACCCUGUGAUCUGCAUAGAUUUGGACACUAUUGACAGUGGCUUUGUGGACUCAGACUGUGGGAGUCCAGUUGACUGUGAAUUUGAGCAAAACAGUCAGACCAACUGUGGGUCCAUCCCUCUUGAGCAGGAGAGGGAGGAUUUUCCACGGAGCUAUGUCAAGCAGUGGGUCUCCUGUCGCUCUGACAGCCCUGUCAGUGGAGCACAGACAAACUAAGGACUUGAUGUUGCCUUGUAACAAGAGUGUUCAGCCUUUUCCAUAUUGUGCCAUGAGCAAAGUGUUAGAAAAAUUCAUAAGA